AGCAAUUAAUAAAAAAGAUAUUGAUUUCCUUGUGAGAUGAAUUGAUUGGGAAAGCAAUUUAUGAUUCAGCUUUUCUUAGAAUUGGAUCAAUAAAAAUGAAUGACUCUGUUCAAUUAUUUGACAAACAGUUGUCUAUUGUUACAAAGCCAGUACCAAAAGUCAACAAUGCUGAUGAUGUGCUUAUCAAAGUUGCAUUCUCAGGUGUUUGCGGGACAGAUCUACACAUUUUGUCAGGUGAAUUUCCUGCAUCAAGUAAAGCAGUAACACUUGGUCACGAAUUUUGUGGUGUUGUGCACAAUAUAGGUGAUAACGUAAAACAUGUUCAAAUCGGCGAUCGAGUAGUCGUGAACCCAAAUAGUCAUUGCCAUGUGUGCCAAUAUUGUGUAGAUGGUCAACCACAUUAUUGUAAAGUGGGUGGUAUCCGUUCGACAGUAGGCAUUUGGAAAAAUGGAGGAUGGGCUAAUUAUUGUAGAGUUUCUGGCUCGUUGGUGUAUAAAUUGCCAGAUCAAGUUCCUCUACAGAAAGCAGUGUUUAUUGAACCAUUUUCAUGUAUUGCCAGAGGUUUUACGAAUUUGGGAGAUAUCAAACCUGAAGCAAACAUCUUGGUUUGUGGUGCAGGCAUUAUUGGUUUGUUAUGGUCUUCUUUGCUGCAUUUUAAAGGUCAUCGUAACAUCGUAGUUACUGAAAUCACAGAAAAUAGACGUUCCAUGGUUGUCAACUUGAAGCUUGGCAUAAAGGUUGUACAUCCUGAUCAUUUGGCUGGUCAACACCGUGAAGCUGUUAGAACAGAGAAUGAUGAUUGGGGCUUUGAUGUUAUUAUUGACUGCACAGGUGCCCCCAAAGCAAUAGAACAAUCGUUUGCUUGGUUACGUAGAGGAGCAAAGUUUUUAAUAUUUGGAUGUUGUCCGAAAGAAUCAAAAAUCGAACUAAAUCCAUUUGACAUUUACAACAAGGAACUAAGAUUGAUUGGGUCUUUAAUAAACCCAUUUACAUUCCCAACGGCCUUGGCUUUAGUAAGGGACAUGCAGCCUUACUUGGAUUAUGAAAAGCUUGGAGUAAGAACCUAUCAACUUCAUGAUUACCCUGCAGCAUUAAAAGCUUUGCAGUCAGGCUUAGUAUCAAAAGCCAUCUUUGAAAUUGAUUCUAGCAGGGAGUAAAAUAGUAUUCUUUUUUAAUAUUUAAAAAUCUUUGUUGGAUGAUUUUUACAUAAAUGUUUUUUUGACAAUGUUUUUUAAUUUUUUUUAUUAAAGCAUUCUUGUUGUAUGUAGUUUUCAAAAAUUGUAUUGUUUCCUGUCUUCAUUCGCCAUUAUAUUUACAGAACUGGCUGCAAAGUUCAUGUAACUUUUAACACUACAUGGAACAUCAUUUACUAGAAUUUUUCAAUAAGGCUUUACAAUAAAGUACAACCUCCUUCAGGCUUCACAAUGAAAACUUUAAAUUCGUUUCAUAAAAUGUAACAAAGCUUUAUAACAAAAACAGUUUUUAUUAAUUCUGGAGAUGUUCACUGGUACAAAAGCCUUUUAAUAGUUUUUUUGUGAAACUAAAAAAAAGUUUUUGUGAUCUCAUUGACAGGAAACAAAAUUUUUGAGAUGGUUUUUUAUAGACUUGUAUGUUGAAUCACAACUGACUGUACAAUACAAUAAGUGUACAAUAUUCUUUAUAAUAAAAACAUUUAUUGUAAUACACUCUUCAAUACAUGCAUAUAUAUAAUUUAAUUUUUUUUAAUUAAUGAAAUAGUCAAAAAACUAAUAAAAAAUGCAUAAAAAAAUAA